AUGGACUUGUUCAGAGGUGAACGGCCAUAUAAAUGCCAUUUGCCGGACUGCGGGCGCGCCUUCAUUCAAUUAUCAAACUUACAACAACAUUUACGUAACCAUGACGCACAAGUAGAACGUGCCAAAAAUCGUCCCUUUCACUGCAACAUUUGUGGAAAGGGUUUCGCAACCGAGUCUAGUUUACGUACGCACACUUCGAAGGAGCUACAGCUGCAUCUUGGUGUAUUGCAGCAGCAUGCGGCAUUGAUUGGCGGCCCCAACGCUACUUCCUGCCCCGUAUGUCACAAACUCUUUUUGGGCGCCGAUGCUUUGAUGGAGCAUAUGAAGCAUGCGCACAAGGAGAAGCCUGCACCGAGUGCUAACAGCUCCUAUAUCGAUAACUCUGGAUCUGGAUGUUUGCAGUCGACAACUAGCGAUCUAUAUUUGGCUAAAAGGCGCGCUGCCAAUCAUCCUUGUCCGGUCUGCGGUAAGCAUUAUGUAAACGAGGGCUCACUGCGCAAACACUUGGCUUGCCAUCCGGAGACAACACAGCUUACCAAUAGUCUGCGCAUGUGGCCAUGUUCGGUAUGCCAAGCUGUAUUCACACACGAAAACGGUCUUCUCACGCAUAUGGAACACAUGCGUAUGGAUCCCAAGCAUCAGUUUGCCGCACAGUAUGUGUUAUCACGAGCAGCAGCAGAGAGGCGGGAACGUGACUCUAUACUUGCAGCCACUCUAGCCGCUUCAGCUGGUGGUGCGCCCAGUAGUGGCGGCAGCGGCUUACUGCCUUUGUUAGGUGACGGUGGCGGCUCGAACUCUUUAUGCCCCUCGCCCUCGGCCAAUUCGGAAUGCUCCUCGAACGGCCACCUAUCAUCGUCAGCCGCUUCUGACCAAGGCAGUGGCAUACACUCGCUUAAUAAUAAUAAUAAUAAUAAUAAUAAUAAUAACAGCAACAAACUGAGUGAACUGCUCAGCCGAACAGGGAGCAAUCCGCACUUGGCAAGUCAGUAUGGAGUUGGCCUGGAUACAGAGCUGCACGUAGCCAAUCGCAUGUCGCUAAUGGCAGCUGCGUCAGCCGCGGCGGCUGCUGUGGCCGCUUCGGCCAGUGGUGUGGGCGUUAGUGGGAAUGUGAAUGUAGGCGUUGUGCCUGGCAUGAGUAUGGAGUCACCAGUCAGCUGCGUAGAUUCAACCAGAUCAAGUGUACAAGCAGCUGUUGUUAAUUUGGCGGCAGCUAUGCGUAUUAAUCAAGUCAGUCAGCAACAAGCAAGUGGUGGUAGCGUUACCAGCGGAGGAGUAGGAGUCGGUGGAGUCAACAAUAAUGCUGUAGGCAAUGCUGGCAAUAUGGUUAGCAAUGGGUCCAAUCAGCAGCAGCAGCUGCACCCUCAGCAUCACCAGCAGCACCUAGUAUCCGCCACUGACAACAAUGCAGCACCGCUAACACCUGGUGGCCUGUGUGUGGUUGCAACCUCACCAAGUGCAGUGAUCCCCACUUUGCAGACAGAUGCAUCGGGCGUUAAUGCGGUUGUGACAAUAAAUGCCAUGCGCGACACCAUGAUGCGCACUAGUGUGGGUGUUGGGGAUCCGCUAAGUAGUAUGCACCAGCAGCUUGACCAACACGCUCACGGACAUGUGCAGCCCCAAACGUCGAACAAUUUGCAAACAACCCGCAUCAACUAUGGCCAGCACAACGUGACAAUAGCCAGCAGCACCCAUCAAGUGCAACUUCAGGUAGGAGCGUCAAUGCAAAAUCCUGCCUCACACCACCACCAUCGUCAUCACCAUCAUCUCAAUCAGAUACAGCAGCCGCAUUCGCCGGAAACGGCGUUGCGUAUGCAUCAUCAUGCUGAAGCAAUACUGCGUUCACACACGGAAGCGGCUUUCCGAUUGGCAGCAUCGGUGGCCGCAUCUAACGGUGUUAUCGGUAGCGGCACUGGUCCGAACAACAGCCUUUCCGUUGCUAAUAGUGAAAAUGCGACAACGCAUAACAACAACACAGUUCAGGUUAAGGCCGAGACACACCCAACGCAACAGCAGCAUCUCGGCAAUGACGCAGCAAUACAGCAACAACAACAACAGCAGCAACAACAUCAACACCUACAUGCAACGUCACAAGAACAACAACAAAAGCUGAAUGCUACUAGUAAUCUACAGCAACAAACAAACACAGUUUCGCAACAAUCACAACUAACAUCUGAUCUUAGCGAAGCGAUACGCUUACAAGAGCACCGGCUAGAGCAAGCGCUCCGACUGCAUAACGACGCGCGUGCACUUAAUUUUCUUACAGCCGUUCAGCAGACCGCCAAUACCACGACGAACAAUGUAGCGCUACAACACCAACAACAACAUCAGCAGCAAGCACCCACGGCACAGCAUCACAGCAAUGCGUGA